AUGAAGAUUAACGCUGUCGCGGCCCUCUCGGCUGCUCUCCUCGCUGGCAACGUCCACGCUGAGGAGACCAAGCCCGACGAGGCUUCUGCCGCUGUGCCCAAGGUGCCGACUUUCACUCCCACCACCAUCAAGGCCGACUUCCUUGAGCAGUUCACCGACGACUGGGACCAGCGAUGGAAGCCCUCUCACGCGAAGAAGGACACGGCCGGCUCCGACAAGGAGGGUGAGGAAUGGGCCUACGUCGGCGAGUGGUCCGUCGAGGAGCCCGUCGUUUACAAGGGAAUGGAGGGCGAUAAGGGUCUCGUUGUCAAGAACCCCGCUGCUCACCAUGCCAUCUCGGCCAAGUUCCCCAAGAAGAUUGACAACAAGGGCAAGACCCUUGUCGUCCAGUACGAGGUCAAGCUUCAGAACGGCCUCGAGUGCGGUGGCGCCUACAUGAAGCUCCUCCGAGACAACAAGGCUCUUCACCAGGAGGAGUUCGCCAACACCACUCCUUACGUGAUCAUGUUCGGUCCCGACAAGUGCGGUCACACCAACAAGGUCCACUUCAUCUUCAACCACAAGAACCCCAAGACUGGCGAGUACGAGGAGAAGCACCUCAGCUCUCCUCCCACCGCCAAGAUCGUCAAGACGACCGAGCUCUACACUCUGAUCGUCCACCCCAACAACACCUAUGUCAUCAAGCAGAACAACGAGGAGGUCAAGACUGGCAGCCUUCUUGAGGACUUCCUCCCCGCCGUCAACCCUCCCGCCGAGAUUGACGACCCCAAGGACACCAAGCCCGAUGACUGGGUUGACCAGGCCCGCAUUCCCGACCCCGAGGCCAAGAAGCCUGAGGACUGGGAUGAGGAGGCUCCCUACGAGAUUGUUGAUGAGGAUGCCACCAAGCCCGAUGACUGGCUUGAGGAGGAGGCCAUCACCAUCCCCGACCCUGAGGCUGAGAAGCCCGAGGACUGGGAUGAUGAGGAGGAUGGUGACUGGAUCGCUCCCACCGUCCCCAACCCCAAGUGUGGUGAUGUCUCUGGCUGCGGUCCCUGGACCAAGCCCAUGAAGCGCAACCCCGACUACAAGGGCAAGUGGACUGCGCCCUACGUCGAGAACCCUGCCUACAAGGGAACCUGGGCUCCCCGCAAGAUCAAGAACCCUGACUACUAUGAGGACAAGACCCCUGCCAACUUUGAGCCUAUGGGAGCUAUUGGCUUCGAGAUCUGGACCAUGCAGAACGACAUCCUCUUUGACAACAUCUACAUCGGCCACUCUGUUGAGGACGCUAACAAGCUCGCCGAGGAGACCUUCGGCCUCAAGCACCCCGUCGAGAAGGCUCUGUUCGAGGCUGAGAAGCCCAAGCAGGACAAGGACACCAAGUCUCCCAACGACCUCAAGUUCCUUGAUGACCCCGUCUUCUACGUCAAGGAGAAGCUCGACCUCUUCCUUGCCAUCGCUGCCAAUGACCCCAUCCAGGCUGUCAAAUUCGUUCCUGAGGUCGCCGGUGGCAUUGCCGCCAUCUUUGUGGUCUCUGUUGCCUUCCUCGCCGCUCUGGUGAACCUUGGCACCUCGUCUCCCGCUGUCCAGAAGACUGCUGAGAAGGCGAAGGACAAGGCUAAGGAGGUCAAGGACAAGGCCGCUGAGGCCACGACCACUGGCGCUGAGAAGGCCAAGGGUGAGGCUAGCAAGCGCAACACUCGCAGCCAGUCGUAG